CUAAUGACCCACUCUACUUAAUUGAAUUCUAAUUUGUCCAUUUCCCAUCUUCGCAACUCAACCUUGAAGCUACCUAUUCUAAAGAACAACAUAACCGUUAGAACAUUCGAGUUGACAUCUGUUCAAAAAGGCCACAAUCUAUUUUCUAUCGCUACGAUGCUAGUCAACUCUCGAUAGAACUCCUUAAUAAAUUUUAUUAAACCGUAUAUACUACCGUAAUUCACUCGAGGGAAGACAAUAUGAGUUCCAAUGCGACCAGCUAUAAGCAGAUGAAGGAGGACUUCGUGUCCGGCCUAUCAGGUGGCUCAGUCUCUGAAAUCAAUUAUGUAACUGCGAUAGGACCUAUCGCCUUUGUCCUAUGGUCCAUUCUACAGUCUCGCCAGUCUUUCUUCAAGCCGUACAAGCCCCUGAGCUUUGUAGUCGAUUUCCUCCUAAACGUAGUGGCCACUUUACUUGCGAUAACACUCUACGCGGACAAGCCAUUGCUUCUCGCCGGCCUGCUCCUCGUCCCCGCCAUAUUCGUCUACGCCCUGCCCCCGAACCCUGCCGUGUCGAGAAAGAAGCAUAAACUCCCUCCUAAUGCGCAAGCUCAGAAGUCGCCGGGCGCAUUGAGCGUCCUGCCUACCAAGCCGUUCUUGACGACCUACCGGGGAAUUAUGAUGAUUACUACCUGCUUAGCGAUUCUGGCAGUGGACUUCAGGAUAUUCCCCCGAAGAUUCGCAAAGGUUGAGACGUGGGGCACCUCGUUGAUGGACGUGGGCGUAGGCUCCUUUGUCUUCUCGGCGGGUAUUGUUGCCGCGCGUCCGGUUCUUAAGGAGAGAGCGGAGGGUAGGACGACGCCGGUGCUUCAAAGGCUUCUAUACGCGAUGAGGCAUUCAUUGCCUUUACUGGUUCUCGGUGUCAUUCGCCUUAUAAGCGUCAAAGGUCUCGACUAUGCCGAGCACGUAACUGAGUACGGUGUGCACUGGAAUUUCUUCUUCACCUUAGGCUUUCUUCCUCCGUUCGUCGCGCUUUUUCAGUCGGCGUUAAAGAUAAUCCCGUCCUAUGCGGCCCUUGCCAUUUUACUAGGUGUUAUUUAUCAGGCUGUGCUGGAGACUACAAGUCUGAAAGCGUUCAUCCUUAUCGCGCCACGGACAGACAUCAUCUCUAUGAAUAAAGAAGGUAUCUGUAGCUUCUUUGGAUAUCUUGCCAUCUUCUUAGCCGGUCAAGAUACCGGUAUGUACGUACUACCCAGGAGUAUCAACCCGCGCAGCGGAACCAGUAGCAGCACCCAGCGGACUACUCUGAUCCUAACUAUGGCCGUGUGGACGUCUAUCUGGACUAUUAUGUACUUCUUCACGACGAACUACAGCUAUGGCGCGGGAUUAGAUGUGUCCCGGCGAUUGGCAAAUCUGCCCUAUGUCCUAUGGAUCGCUGCAUUUAACUCGUUCCAGUUACUAGCAUGUUGCGUUAUCGAGAGUGUGUUCUUUCCGUCAUUCUACAAUGCUACAGACGCGAAGACAGAGAAGGAGGAGUACGAGACGGCUACGAGCAGGGUGGUGCGAGCAUUUAAUAGGAAUGGGCUAGCAAUCUUCUUGGCCGCGAAUCUACUCACAGGACUGGUAAACAUGACGGUACCUACUUUGGAUGUUGGACCGAGUGUCGCUAUGGGCAUAUUGGUAGGAUAUGCCGCGGUUCUUACGACACUUGCGGUUACGUUAGAUGCUUGGAAUAUCUCUAUUAAGCUAUGAGUAUAGACAGAUAAUGGACCCAGAUUCUAAACUUUUCUAUUCACUGACAUCAUCCCGAUAACCUGGGACAACACAGUUCUCAUGCCAUUGUGUUAAUUUCUUUUUUUGUAUGGUAAGAGAUAGGCGCUCACCUUGGAUAUAUAUAAAGGGGCAUAAAGUAAAACAAACCCAGUUCUCGUUCUGCAGAUGAAAGAACUACAAAGAGGUCAUUUCGUU